AGACACAGGAAAGUUGGAAGAAAACGAGUAGCCUCCGCCUCGGCAAUCCACCGCAACGCGGGAUCGGUUAACUAAAGACUGGAGUAGUUCGUCACACGAUUUUCUUCAGUAUUUUUGAUAGUAACCAUCUCGGCGGCCCCUAUCCUGGCCCUUUUAAGUUAAAUAUCCAGCAGAGAUCGUGUGAAGAUGUCGUUUGUUAGUCUAGACCCUGGGCCGGGCGCGGCUGCGCUUCAAGCAUGGGGCGGACAGGUUGCUGCUUAUGGUUCGUCUAACCAGACCGUUGUCGACAAAGUGCCACCAGAAUUGCUACAUUUGAUCGACCCUCAUUGGUACCAGUUUCCUCCUAUGAACCCAUUGUGGCAUGGACUAUUGGGCUUCACUAUUGGCGUACUUGGCUUUAUCUCUAUAGCUGGCAAUGGAAUGGUCAUCUACAUCUUUACUUCCACAAAGAGUCUCAAGACGCCUUCAAACUUACUAGUAGUGAACUUAGCAUUCUCCGACUUCCUGAUGAUGUGCGCCAUGUCCCCGGCAAUGGUUAUAAAUUGUUACUACGAAACUUGGGUUUUCGGAGUUCUUGCAUGUGAGCUGUAUGCUUGCGCUGGUUCACUUUUCGGCUGUGCUUCAAUAUGGACAAUGACUAUGAUUGCUUUCGAUCGAUACAAUGUCAUCGUGAAAGGUAUUGCGGCGAAGCCAAUGACCAAUAAUGGUGCUCUUCUGCGUAUCCUUGGAAUCUGGUUGUUUUCUCUGGCGUGGACUCUGGCUCCUUUCUUCGGAUGGAAUAGGUAUGUACCCGAGGGCAACAUGACUGCCUGCGGUACCGACUACUUGAACAAGGACUGGUUCAGCCGCAGCUAUAUCCUUAUCUACUCAGUGUUCUGUUACUUCAUGCCACUUCUACUUAUUAUCUACUCCUACUUCUUCAUCGUUCAGGCCGUAGCAGCUCACGAGAAAGCCAUGCGAGAACAGGCCAAAAAGAUGAAUGUUGCUUCCCUAAGGUCUUCUGAAGCAGCAAAUACCAGCGCUGAAUGCAAACUAGCGAAGGUAGCGUUGAUGACCAUUUCCUUGUGGUUCAUGGCUUGGACUCCAUAUCUAGUCAUCAAUUACACUGGCGUAUUCGAGAGCGCCCCCAUCAGCCCCUUAGCCACCAUCUGGGGCUCGCUUUUCGCCAAGGCUAACGCUGUAUACAACCCUAUUGUAUAUGGGAUCAGCCACCCUAAAUAUCGCGCGGAGCUGUACAAGAAGUUCCCAUCGCUAUCAUGCCAGGCCUCUCCCGACGAGUCCGGCUCCGUGGCUUCGGGCGCCACUGCUGUCUCAGAGGAGAAACCCGCCGCUUGAACGCACCUACCUCCACUCCAACACGACGGACUCAAACCGCUCAGCUCAUCGGACACACGAAUCUGCCAAAGCGAUCUUAUUUAUUAUUUUUAUACGCAGACAUUUACAUUUGUACGAUUUAUAAACUCGAACACAGAGCGUGUGCUGGUUGCAAAAUAUUCAGGCGGUUGUAGAUUUUUUAUUACCUGCGUAUUUUGAGUUCACGUUUUGUGUAUCGAGUUGAACGGUGCACACUUUUCUUAUACCUGACUACCGCUUGACGGGCCAACGACAUAUAAAAAAAAAAUAAAAAAAACUUAGUAUACUUACUGCAGUAUGUCGCUAGGCCUUGCCCCUUCCAUGAGACUGCUCCUAUAGAUUUAAGUACUUCGAUUCUAUAGACUCUUUACGACAAACGAACGCUCUGUAUUUUGGACCAAUAAAGUUAUAUCAAGCAAAGUGGUUAAUGACCACAUAAAA